AUGUCGUCGCGGUCGCUCGUGGACCGAGCGGCGGCGCUGGAGGCCGCCAAUGCAGCGGCUACCGUACGCAGUCGCCGAGCCGCGUCGGCUGCCGAUGCGGCCUUGGCGUCCGUGCGCAGCGUGAGUUCCAUCACGGUGAACGAGGCAGAGAACGAAGACGACGACGACGAUAACGACGUUGUGGCGCUGCCCGAAAACCCAAAGGAGCUAUCAAAAGAGCCGUCGUUCUCAUCCAACGCGCGGGGGUCGAGUCAGGCCAACUGGAAAGAAACGAUCCAAAGCCCAAGUCCGCGGCGCCACAGCCGCGUGCUCGGCGAGCGCCCGCCAAGCUUGACGUCUUCUUUGAACCGUCCGGUCGCCGCUUCGAGCAAGUCCAUGUCUGAGAUUUGCGACGAGCAUGUAAGCACAUCGAUCGCCGACUUGCAGGACGCCAUCAACAAGCUUGCAGCGUUGAACCGGACCACGGAAAGCGCGAUUGGUGCUAUGCUAGAGCAAAUCGACAAGCUCCAAGCCGACCACAAAGAUCUCAAGCGCAAAGCCGUGCAAACGACGACGGUGCUCGAGAAGCAAAAGCAAUCGCAAAUGAGCCACGAAGCCAAGUACCUCGAAGCCGAAGCGGACCUCGCGUCCAAGACGUUUGCGUUGGACGACGCCAAGCGCAGCGAAGCCAAGGCAGCCCAAGCGGCCAAGGCCAUCGAGAUCCGCCUCGAACGGGCGCUGCAUGACUUGGAGAAAAGCAAGCGCGAGUUGCGGGAUGAGCGGGCAACCAAAGGCGGUCCUGCGGUGCCCAGAAUCGACCAUGACAAGGUUCUUCGGGACGCCAAGCGGGCCGAGAAGCAAAAAGCGGAGCUCCUCGUCGCGUACAAGAAGCAAGCCAAGCUCAUCGAGGUGCUCAAGCGUCAGAAGAUCCACCUCGAAGCGGCCAAGGACUUGGAGUUGACCGAAGCAGAGUUUGUGAAAACGGUGGAUCUGGGAAAUCUAUAG